AUGUCGGAUCCAUCCGCUUCAUCGUCGUCAACAUCACCCAAGUGGUCGAGUGAUCGAUUCUUCCAAACACAGACUGCCCCUGCCAACCUUACGGAAGCGUCCUCGGCAGCGUCCGAGUUCGUGCAGCGUCACAUUCGCGAAGGUCGACGUGUGGUGCUGGUCACAUCCGGAGGAACCACGGUGCCCCUGGAGAAAAACGUGGUUCGAUUCUUGGACAACUUCUCCGCGGGCACUCGAGGAGCCACCUCGGCAGAAUACUUCCUCUCGGCAGGGUAUGCGGUCAUCUUCAUGAGUCGGCAGCACUCGCUUGCUCCGUACACACGACACUACAGUCAUACGACCAACCCGUUCCUCGACCUGCUCGCCGACCCCGCGACGCACGUACACACUGACGCAUCAUCCACAUCCGCCUCCAGCUCGGGGGAUGACAACAUCACGGUGCUCAAACAGCACGUCGCCCACCUUCGCCCCAUCUUGUCCGCAUACCACCACGCGCGCACCUCCGGCUUGCUGCACACGGUGCCCUUUGUCACGGUCAACGACUAUCUCUGGCUGCUGCGCGAGAUGUCUCGUGUCAUGCAGCCGUUGGGCAGGAAUGGCAUGUACUACCUCGCGGCCGCGGUGAGCGACUUUUUCAUUCCGUCCACCAGCGUUCCCGAACACAAGAUCCAGAGCGGCAAGGGCUCGUUGGUGAUCGAGAUGGAUCAGGUGCCGAAAGUGCUGAAGCCGAUGGUGGAGCAGUGGGUGCCCGAGGGGUAUUUGGUCAGCUUCAAGCUGGAGACCGAUCCGCAGCUGUUGAUCCCCAAAGCGGUGGGGGCGCUGCAGAGGUACGGACACCAGCUGGUUAUUGGGAAUGACUUGAACAGGCGCAAAUUCGAGGUGGUGUUUGUCGAGCGCAAGACGGGCAACACGUCGACGUCGCGCCCCGUGGAUGUACUGCAGAAGGAUGGCGAGGAGUUUUCGGCGACGUGGAUGCGGCUGGCCGACUCUCCAUCGGCUGGUUCAGAGACCAGUUCGGAGGGAGGCGGCAAGGGGGGCGAGAAGGAGUUGGAGGAGGAUAUCAUCAGGGAGUUGUGUAGACGUCACGAACAGUGGAUUUCCAAGUCGACACCCAGCACUUCCAGGAUCUAA